AUGUUGGAGCACGAGCACGAUCACGACCUCUCCUACCUGCUGGAUGUGCUGGACAUCAAUACCGGCGAGACGGAGGAACAGCUGGAUGAUCGAUUGAGGCUCCAGGCGAAAGAGGUGGGCGUCGACAUCGAGGACAGGCAAUCGCUGGCAACACAAUUCUCGGAAUACUCUCGAAGAUCAGAGUCUAUCGAUUCACGAGCAUCCCAAUCUACAGGAUUGACCUCACACUUCUCUGAAGAGCGACGGCCAUCUCGUCCCUCCCUCUCCUUCCGCGACUACGAUGCCUUUUUGGCGACCGGAAAGCCCAACGGCCGACAUUCCCUGUCCUUCUCCCCGAAUCACUCCACCUUCUCCCUCCCUCUAUCCCACCCUUCAUCCCCGGAACCCAGUCCUCGACGUCACUUCCGCCGGAUACGAGGGUUGAGCAUGCUUCGUUUGACCCGUCCGUAUGCCUCCUCCUGCCCGCACUGUCCCCUCGACUCGACCAGCCAACGACGGGCAGUCUACAAACUUCCCUGCGGCCAUCGUGUGUGCACACAAGCUUUGAGGAACACCGUCCGAGCCGCAAUAGAAACAGCCCGCGGCUCCAUUCCUUCAUGUUGCAGCAAGCCCAUCCCUGGGAGUCUCGUAGAAGAAGUCAUGACGGAAGACGWGCAAGCCGCUCUGCUGGAGAAGUUGGAUCUAUGGGAUGAAACCAUAUCUCUCGCCCCAUCCGCCGACACCUCCCGAAGAACCUCCGUCCCUGUGGGUUCGACUUCCAGCCGCGCGACUUCCUCUUCUGGCGACUCCCAUGAGGAAGAGCCUUCCUCGGAGACACUGCUCGAAGUGGCGCGGAUCACGGCUUUACCAGAAUACACCACACUCCUCGCAAGUCAAAUUUCUCAACGCAUUCGCUUUCUUGCUUGGGCGAAUGGCAAACGCACUGCCUUGUCGGAACAACAUGACUGUUUCCGCAGCGCGAUGCGCACCUCCCAUGAAGCCGCUAUUGAAGACUUGGCAGAACGCCACGCUCAAGCUCUCUCAGAAGCUGAAGAUAAACAAGUCUCCGCCGAAGCCGAGCUUCUUGAACUUCACGAACGGGAACGACUCUCCUCCGCUACUGCUCUUAAACAUAUGGAGACCUAUUGCGCUGGAGUCUACUCGAACGKUACCCCUCAUGGACGAAGCAUCACCGAGCAGGAUAUGCUGCUCAUGAACAACGCUCGGAGGGAGAGGGAUGGAAUGGAAGGCAAGCACGCCAGUGCUAUCAAUGUCCUGCGAGGAGAACAGGGACGGAGAAUCCGGUAUCGGGUCGAAAGGCAGGAACGAGAAGCGCAGGAACUUAUUCGGGGACAGAGAAUGGAGGAGUUGGAGUUUGAGCGGAAGUGGUCCGCGGAGCAGGUGGGAUUGGAGGGAGGGUUGGAGGGAAAGAAGAGGAGGAUUGAAUGGAGGUGGGAGUUGGAGAUGGCUGUAUUGGCAAAGAAAGCCGUCGAGAUUGAUGAUGGAGUCGGCGUUGUCAGACUGCCGACUGCCGGAUGGGGAGAGGAGAUCAAGCGGCCUGAUGGAUCUGUUGGUGCUGUGGACGAAGUGAUGGGGGGGGAGGAAACAUUGAAAGGUGGAGAUUUGGAAGUCUCCACCACCGAUGUUGUGGAGGUGCAGAACUGA